GGGCCUAACUCUCAUCAUCGCUGCUCCAUUGCUCUGGCCUGCAGUGUUGCCAGAUUGGGCGGGUUCCCGCGGGCUUAGGGUCGGUUCGGCGGUUUUUAUUUCCUUAUCAUAAAAAAGUAGUGGACUUAGUUAGGCUGGGUGGCGAUCGGACUUCCACUAAUGUUCUAUGUUCUGAGGCUCAGUGAACGCACCAGGAGGAGACGCUUCAUGGUCCUGGGCUCUGUCGUUGUUGAGAGAAUUGCUGCCUCGCCUGAGUUCAUCACUGCGCAAACUGUUGCGGAAGAAAAUCGUACAUCCCAAGCAGCGGCUGCAGCAGCAAGUCUAGCAAAUGUGCAAACAACACCAACCAUUAAACUAAAGCCAACAAACUUACCAAGAUUUCAUGGUUGCAAAAGAAGCUUUCAUCGCUGGAGAAAAGACUGGGAGAGUUUACAGAAACAAGGAGAACCAACUGGCUCCCUGGAAGUAAAGAGGCUCCAGUUACUGGACAGCAUAGAUGAGAAAAUCUGCCGUCAACAUCGCCUGUCAAUCUAUAACACAGCAGAAGACAUCUUUAGAGUAUUGGAGAACAGAUACGGCAACAAAACAACCAUUGCUCUGGAAAUAAUUGAAGAACUAGAGAAGAUACCAAUUGUAAGAACUAACCAACCCAGAAAAGUCAUUGAUUUAAUUCAGACAGUGGAAAAAGCUCUUGCUGACCUCACUGAGCUUGGAAAUUCAGGAGCCCUCAAAAAUCCGCUCGUGAUCAAAAGCCUUGAAAGUAAACUGCCAGAUGCCGUGAAAAAGGACUGGCUCGUCUUCAUGGUUAAUCCUGCAAACAAUGUCACACCGGACAACCACUUCGACAGUCUUCUCAAGUUCCUGAAAACUCAAGAGGACAUCUUUGAGAGGUUGGAGCAGCUUGGAGUAUCAGAGAAUUCAGAAUGGAGACUGGAUAGAAAACAUGCCUCCACCCGCUCAACCAGAAAGUAUAGUGGAUGUGUGGUUUGUGGGGAUGGAAAACACAGAGAGAAACUAUUCUUCUGUAAACAGUUUAAAGCACUAAACCCAUCUGAGAAAUCAAAUGCAGUAAAGAAACUGGGAGCAUGCCAAAAAUGUCUAGGGUGUCACUCUGAGGAUGAAGAAUGCCUGACAACCAAUUACCUCUGUAGAAAAAGAGACUGCAGUAAAUAUGGUUCUUCAAAUCAUCAUUUCUUUCUCUGUCCAAACGGAGCAGAACGAAGUGAAACUGAUAAAAGUAGAAAAGAAAUCAAGAAAAGAUCAACAUUCACAGAAGAGCAAGAAAAAUUAAUUUCUGGACUUUCACCUGAAAUGGUGGAAAAGUUUAAAAGAGCCUUCUCAAAUGUUGCUGCAGUUACGAAAAACAAGACUAACCUUGUUGAGGAAAGUGAAGUCAAAGUUAAAGAGUUACCUGUUAUCCUAAUGUUAUUGGAAGUUACUGCCAACGCAGGUCAGAAAAUUGGGACUCUAAUAGAUCUGGCUUCUGAUACAAACUACAUCACUCACAGAGCAGCCAAAAGACUGGGCUUGGAAAGUGAGAAGAUUACACUGAUUCUUCAUGGUGUUGGAGGGAUGUCAACAAAAGUAAAGUCAAGAAGAUACUUCCUAAAAAUCAGAGCUAAAACCCCUCAAGGCACUGAAAAAGCACAUCAGCUGAUAUGCUACGGUCUCGAUGAGAUUGCAAAAGUGCAUCAAGUUGUAACAACAGAGCAGCUAAGGAAAUUCUUUCCCGAGAUUGAACCAGAAGACCUGAAGAGACCGAACACCAUUGACCUGCUGAUCAGUCACAGAGAAGGGCGUCUGUCCCCACAAAGGCUCAAAAUAGUGGGUGAUCUUGUCCUGUGGGACAGUCCUCUUGGAAAAAUUGUAGGGGGAGCCCACCCUGACCUGUUUGAGAAUGUUGACAUAACAGCUCACAUGUCUGAAACACAUUUUGCUCGCUCUAUGAGAACAGCUGCAGUAAAAUACAAUGAAGUCACCAACUCAAAAGCAUCUUUCCAGCAUAUGUGUGCAGCAACUACCAGUAACUUCCUGGGCUGGUGGACGUGGGAGAGUAUUGGAGCUGCUUGUGAUCCAAAGUGUGGAGGUUGUCGGUGCGGCAAGUGUCAGCCUGGAGGUAAAGAGAUGUCACUAGUGGAGGAGAAAGAACUUGAAAUUAUAAAGCAAGGCCUCACUUAUGUUACAUCAGACUGUCAUAGCAACUCACCUCACUGGGAUGCAACCUAUCCCUGGACUGUAGAUCCAUCAUGUCUUCCAAACAACAGGAAAGGAGUCGAACAAACAUUUCUGAGAACAGAAAAGCAACUCAACAAACAACCUGAGUGGAAGGCAACUUACACCACCCAAAUCCAUGAAAUGGUGAAGAGGGGAGCAGCAAAACAACUUACACAGGAAGACCUGAACACCUGGAAAGGACCAGUAUGGUAUGUGAGCCAUCUAGUCGCACCAAAGCCAAAUUCCAUGUCUACCCCUGUGCGUCUGGUCUGGAACAGUAGCCAGAAAUUCAAUGGGUUGAGCAUGAAUGACCUCUUACUGAAAGGACCAGAUGUUCUGAAUCCCAUAAGAGCAGUUUUACUACGAUUCAGAAGAGGAGUACACGCAGCGUUGGGUGACAUCAAGAAGAUGUAUAAUUCCGUGUGGCUAGAAGAAAAAGAGAUGCAUCUUCACCGUUUCCUUUGGAGGGAUGACCAAGAACAGGAAAUUGGUGAAUACGCCAUCACCAGAGUGAACAUGGGCGAUCGACCAGCUGGGUGUAUUGCUCAACUGGCUAUGCGAGAAACUGCAAACCUUCAAAUCUUCACCAACCUAGAAGAGGAACGACGAAUUGUUGAAGAAGACAGCUAUGUUGAUGACAUUUUGACAUCCAGUAACACCUUGGAGAACCUGAAUGAAAAUUUAAAGGGUGUUGAACAGAUCCUGAAAGCAGGAGGGUUUUUUCUCAAGCCAUGGAUCCUGUCUGGCCAAAGUGGGAGGCAAACAGAAAUUUCAGAUCCUCUCCCACCUAAAAAGGAAAACAAAGUCCUCAUACUACCAAAUCAGAUGAAGGAAGAGGAGAACAAAGCUCUUGGAGUCGGUUACCUGGUGAAAGAGGACAAGCUUUAUGUAAUGACUGCCAUCAAUUUCUCAAAAAGAAGAUAUAAAAUAAGAGUUGAACCAGAUCUCCUGGAAGAGGACGUAAGAGGUAAAACUCCAAACCCCUUAACUAGAAGGGAGUUACUGAGCCAAGUGGCAAGUCUAUAUGACCCAAUCGGUCUAGUUACACCUACCAAACAAAAGGGGGUGAUUCUCGUUAGAAAAGCCUUUCAAGAAAUUGGAGGUGGAGCUAAGUCCAAAGACACCUGGGACAAACCCCUUUCCGACCACCUGAGGGAAGAAGCAAUACAACUUUUUGAAGAUUACAUUCGUCUCAGUCGCAUCACGUUCCACAGGAGCCUCACACCAGUAGGCUGGGUUGGAAACCCCUGUGGAAUAACAUUUUCUGAUGGAAGCGACAAAAGUUACGGCGCUGUGGUGUACUUCAGAUGGGAAACAACCGAAGGUGUUCAAGUCAGACUUGUUGAAUCAAAAGCAAAGCUUACUCCUAUUGACCAAAAGGGAGAUCCAGUUAAAGCCGAACUCUGUGGAGCUGUCUUUGCAGCUCGACUCAGACAGUACGUUGAAAAGCACAGCCGUAUGAACGUGGACACUUGGUUUCACCUGGUGGACAGUCAAACUGUUCUUGGAGCCAUCCAACGAAACAGUUAUGGGUACCAAACCUUCAUCGCCAACAGGGUUGGUGAAAUCCAAAAGGCUGUACCUGUAGAAGAUUGGUGGUGGAUACCAGGAAAUGUCAAUGUUGCAGACUGUAUAACAAGAGGCACUGGACCUGAAGACCUGCAUGAGGACUCUGAGUGGCAGAGGGGACCACAAUUUUUGAGGAAGCCUUUAACAGAAUGGCCAAUAAAGUCAGCCAAAGAAAUUGCUGCCAGUUCCAAAGAGGAAGUUAACAAACUCCAACGAAAAUCUUUUUCUUCUGCCAUCACAAGAGCUCAGGCAAAAAUCAAGACAGACACGUUCGACGAUAUGGUUCGAGGAGGUCGAGAAAAAGUGUCAUUUGAGCCCAAACUAGAUACUGUUCAUGUUCGCAGAACUUCAGCUGGAGCAGCAAUCAAAAAACUUAUAGAUGUGACAAAAAUCAGCAAUUUCAUGCGUUUAGUCAAAGUUAUUGCUUGGCUUUGGAAAGCUGUUGAAACAUGGAAACAAACAUUGAAGAACCCAAAAAGGAAGCAAAUCAAAGUUCUCUCAAAAGAAGAAUUGAGAAAUGAAAUAAAAAGGCUAACUCUUACUGUGGAAGAACACCGAGAUGCUCUCAGAGACAUCUUCCACGCUGCACAAGAAGGGGUGAGAUUCGAAGACACCACUCUGAACAGACUUGUUGUGUACAAGGAUAAGGAAACACAACUUUAUGUAUGUGGUGGAAGAAUCCAAAGCUUUGAUGAGGACAAGACAGCAGUCCCCCUUUUGCCAUAUAACUCCUGGGUGUCAACGCUCUUGGCUCGAGAAGCACACGAAGCAAACCAUGAAGACAUUGCUGGAACACUCAUAAGGAUGAGAAAAAGAGCCUGGGUUGUUAAAGGCAGAAGAUUGGCUAAGAAAGUGGUUGACAGCUGUGUGGAGUGCAGAAAGACCAAAGCCAAAAGAUGUCAACAAAUUAUGGCUGAUCUUCCUCCAGAGAGAACACAUCAAGCACAACCCUUCGAGUUCACCACAGUCGAUCUAUUUGGACCCUAUGAAGUGAAAGAUGAAGUGAGAAAAAGAGUGAAACUCAAGGUGUGGGGGAUCAUCUUCUCAUGUAUGGCUUCUAGAGCUGUUCAUGCUGAUGUUGUGAGUGAUCAGUCGACCGAGGGUUUUCUGCUAGCCUAUAAGAGGUUUACCUCCAUCCGAGGUCACCCAAGAAAGCUCUGGUCAGAUCCUGGAAGCAACUUUGUAGGAGCAAAACCAGUUCUUGAAAACUUGUACCUGUUCUUAGAUCGGUUAGAAAAGUCAGACCUUCAAAAUGAAGCUGCCAUGCAUGGAACUGAAUGGAGUUGGAAAAUACAUCCUGCCGAUUCACCCCACAGAAACGGAGCAGCUGAGGCAGCUGUCCGGCUGCUGAAAAGAGCCCUGCAUAAUCUGGGCGGAGAUGGCAUAUUUACCUGGGGAGAAUUCCAAACUUUCCUCUACAUGGCAGCCAACCUAACCAACGAAAGACCCAUUGAUGCAAGAACUCAGAGUCAAGAAGACUGCAUAAACUACAUAACACCAAACACCUUACUGCUGGGACGAGCAGGUCCUAAAGGCGACUCCUGCAGUUUCGAUUUUGCAGGAUAUCCGUUCAAAAGACUAAAUGUCAUCCAAGCAGAAGUGAACAGGUUCUGGAAGAAAUGGAGCCAACUUGCUGGACCAAAUCUCCUUAUUAGAAACAAGUGGCAUACCAAGACAAGAAACGUGGCUGUUGGAGAUAUAGUGUGGAUUGCAGAUUCAAAUGCCCUCCGAGGUCAAUACAGACUUGGCAGAGUUGUCAAGGCAAACAGCGACAAGUUUGGAGUUGUCAGGGAUGUGAAAGUAAGGACUUACCCGAGCUAUCCUGUUUCAAACAUGAAGACCAAACCAAAGGAAAGCAAGCCUGCAACAAACAUUCCUGCCACGAUCCUACACCGAGAUGUCAGGCGCAUCAUUGUGAUUCUACCAGUUGAGGAACAGAGUGCUCCGAACAGAGGUGAGACCAAUGCCUGACCUCCUUGGUUCAAGAACAAGGAGCUCAAGUGGGAGGUGUCAUGUUUAAGCAGAGAUAACCUCCACCCGGGCCAAACAUGUUAACUCCACCCGGGCCGGACAUCCCCAUGAAAAAACAAACACCCACCUCACCUCAUUCACCACUGAAAAGAGCUUUCACACCUGCAUCUCUGUUUGAUCUGAUUCCACUCCAGCUCCAGAAUACAAACCAAAGACACAACCGGUUUUCAACCUAUCAUUUAUCAAUCGUCAUCUGCCAAAAUAAACAGAAAGAAAAGCAAAAUGAUUGAAUGACUGAGUUGAUUCCAUGUCCUUUGGAAGACAAAGCCUAUCGAGUCAGGCAGGAGCUGGAGGAGACCAAAAGACUCGACAAUGAUGAGAGUUAGGCCCGCCCACAGAGUUUGACAGAUUGCAUUUGAAUGGUGUGUCCACUUCCUGUUUCAUGAAAUGUGUCAUUAAAUCAUGAAAUAAAUAAAUU